GCCCCAGUGCCCGAGUGGAGCGAUGACCAAGGUGACGAUCGGCAUCCUCGGCGGAUCGAGCUUAUUCCACUCGACGCGGUUCUCGUCGCUGACGAAGAAAGUUGUCAUCACUGAGCACGGUUCGGUCCUUGUGCACACGGGGGUGUGGGGCAGCACCAACCACGACAUUGUGUUCAUCCAGCGCCAUCAUGCGGAUGCCGACAACGACGAGUACACCCAACCGGCCAACGUCAACUACCGCGCCAUCAUCACUGCGCUGAAACAGGUCAACGUCGAUUGUAUCCUCGGCGUGUACUCGGUCGGGUCCAUGCACGUCGACAUCCCCGUUGGACAACUCGUCGUCCCCGAUGACUACUUCAAUCCGUUCCACAUCCUCAACAUCUCCACGUCGUACGAAGCGCACGUGGUGCCGCACAUCACGGAGUCAUUGCGCAAGCAUUUGGUGCAGCUGCUGCAGCAAGCCAACUUGAACCAUCGUGACGGUGGCGUGUAUGUGCAAACGUCGGGCCCUCGUUUCGAAACCAAGUCGGAAAUCCGAUUUUUCUCGCAACAGGGGGAACUGGUCGGGAUGACCGGCGCCCACGAAGCAGGCCUGGCAAACGAACUCCACGUGCCGUUUGCCAUGGUAUCGAUCGUUGAUAACAUGGCGAAUGGGUUGGGCGACAACUUGACGCUCGACCAAUUCAAGAUCGCCCAAAAAAACAACGCGGCCGUGAUGGAAGCCGCCGUCGUCCUCAUCUUGGAUCAUUUCGACCCAGCCGUCGCGUUGAACGCUUAGUGGAUGGCUGAGAGAGGACGACCUAGUCCUUGUUCGUUGUUUGCACUCGUCGGUCCAUUCCACGGAGUCACCUAUAGCCCCGUUCGUCAGUAGCGACGAGAUGGACUUGUCGGCGGAUUCCAUGGCGUGCAAUGAACAGUUUGACUGCGUGUUGGUGU